AUGGGUGGAUCUUUUUCACAAAUACGGGAAUCUCGCACGAAACGCGAAUCUUUACACGAAGCAAUACGUCGUAAAGAUGUUAAAAAAGUAAAACAAAUUAUUUACAGUAACGAUCUUGAUGUCAAAAAUGAUUUUAAAUCGUUGGAAUUAGCAACAUUAUAUAAUCUUACAGAAAUUGUUGAAUUGUUAUUAAAUCGUGGGUGCAUUCCGAGCGAUAAACGCACAGCAAGAGCAUUCGACUUAGCGGUGUGGAAAUGUCACAAAGAUAUUGCAACAAUGUUUUUGAAAGCGGGUAUUGAAUACAAGGGUCGUAAUCAAUACAACGAAACAAUUCUAUAUGUUGCGGCAUGUGGAAAUAAUUCGACAUUAACUGAAAUUUUGAUUGAAGGUGGCUGUGAUUUGAAUGAAUGUACUCGAUCAUGGACCGCGUUACAUGUUGCUGCUGCUAGAAAUCAUGAUGAUGUAUUACGUGUAUUGGUCAAACAUGGCUGUGAUCUAAAUAUCCGAGAUCGUGAUGGGUUUAAUGCAUUAAUGCUAGCAGUUUUAAAUGAGAAUUUAAAAAAUAUUAAAUUACUGGUUUUAUGUGGUUGUUCAAUAAAAUUAGAUGAACUAUAUUCGACACCUUGUUUAGCUAAACAGUUAAUGAAAUAUCCAGAAAUUGAACGAAUUUUAUGGCAAGAGGUAUCACGUGUUAAAGAUUUGAAAGAGUUGUGUCGACAAAAAAUGAGAAAUGCAUUAAGUCAACGAUUAUGGCGAAAAGUAAAUUUUUUAAAUUUACCAAAAACAUUAAAAGAUUAUGUAGCAUUAAAAGAUUUGUUCAUGUCAUUUGAACAACAACAACCGUCAGUUUUACGUUCACCAACAACUGAAAUUCAAAAAUUGGAAGAAUGA